AUGGCAGCAACUGAAGGAUCGGGGUUCGUCCCACGUGCCCUCAGUAUAUUACGCAGACCAUGGGAAGUUGUUACCUGCAAUGCCUACGAAAAUAUCCAGGGAACCGCCCCCAUUCGACGACCCGGCCAGUCCCAGGAAGCGUGGACACAUGAUAGUGCCAAAUACGAAAAUAAUGACGACCUAGAGAGCAACCACAAGCUGGACGAGCCAUCUGCGUCCGUGAACCUCUUCGACAAGAUUGUUUCCUUUGCGGGCACGCCUUUCGUUUUCCUUUUCAUGAUUGCAUUGUUACUGGCGUGGAUGAUCAUCGGCAUUGUGCUAGGUCCCUCCCAAACGUGGCAGAUUGUGAUACAGAACACUAGCUCUAUCCAGUGCUAUGCCUCCGAUACUCUCCUCAUGCGGCAGCAGCGGAACAACUCUCACGACCUGUUGAGUUUUGUCUGUGAGCUUCGCUCGCGGAAUGAGACCUGCCGGCGCAUGAUAGAACGAUUGCGCCAGGAACAUCCCAGUUACUUCGACUCUCAGAUUCAGGAAGAGAUCGACCAGAAGAAAUCGGUCGAACUAAACAUCCAACCAACCGAUGACGGCGCCCACCUUCCGCCCCAUACUCUCUACGAUCGGAUCUGCGAUCCCCUCGUAUGGGCAUUCAGCUCUCUGUACGCCUGGAUCGUCUUCUGGGCCGGGAUCUUCGUCUGGCUAGGUUUCGGCAACUCCCAACAGUGGGGCAACAACUGGCAGUUAUAUAUCAAUAGUGCAACAGCCGUUGAACUCACUUUUAUCAGUGUUUUCUUGCAAAAUACUCGACAACGCCACAUGAGAUAUCUUGAGGAGUGCUUCGAGUCGAUCGCGCACGAGGGUACACGUCUAGAGUGCCGACUGCGUGAGAUCACGGGCGAUAUGGACCCAAACCCGACAGUGGAAUUUGAGUACGACUAUAAGAAAGAAACCACGCGCGGCCAGCGGGUGAUCGACUACUAUGCUACGAUCGUCGGCACGGGUGUCGGACUGGUUAUAUCGUCAAUUGUGUUCGCGGUGUGGAUCGGCGUCGGGUCGCUAAUGCAAUGGAAUUCGAACUGGUGGCUCAUCAUCGGCACGUACACGGGACUCGUCGGGUUCAUCGACGGAUUCGUGCUACGUAACGUCUAUUAUCGCGGAUCCCGGAUUGUCGACGAGCAGUUCGAAGUGUUGGCCAAGGAGGACGCCCGGCUAGGCACCUUGCUUGGGAUGACAGAAUCAUCCACAGAAAGCAUCGAGAUCGACUCCCUGCAGACUCGCAUCGCUAGCAAAGUCGGCGAGUGGUGUUCUCGCUCAAGCGCCGUGCUAGGUGCCUUCGUGACCAUAGUGGCGCUCCUGGUCAUUGCUUCCGCUUUAAAGUGGUCAGAAACAGGACAGCUGCUCUGCAAUACGCCCACAAUGAUUAUCGAAGGAUUUCUGUUGUUGGUGUUGAUCCAAGCGCACAAUAUAGCCAACAUGCAACGGCGGCUGCAGUUUCGCGAUUCCCUUCGGCGACGAAUGGCCAUGACUUCGCAGGUCUACAGUCUUGUUCCGAAGGGAGGCGUGAACAUUGGCGGUGAAAAAGUGUCUGCCAACCUUUGA